AUGCACGAUUGGACGUGGUUGACGAUCCACAAAAGGAACUGUAAGGAGGCUCUUGAACGGGGUCGCUCAAUAAUUGAAAACAAUGUCCCUUUACUCGUUCAAGAAGAGACUAAUCGAAUUAAUCGUCGACUUAAUGCAGUCACGAAGGCGAUCUAUGAUUCCGAGGGGAUAUCGAUGAUAUUGUAUAUCUUUGAAAUGUUUCAGAUCUUACAUCCCAAGUCUCUCGGCCUUGUCAAGUACAUGGUACAGCAGGAUGGUGGAAGCGUGACAACUCCAGCUCCUUGUCCUUCACCGAACCGCACCAUGUUCACUACUCCUGCACCUACGCUACUAUCAACUGUUCCACAGAGUACCACAGCAGAAAGUUCUAGUUCUACAACACAAUGGAUGACGACGCUGACGUCUACAUCACCACCAUUUUCUAGAACAGCACAGAUGUCAUCGAGAUCAACAUCGGUUUCUGCUGAAACAUCGACAUCGUCUACAUCAUCAGUUACUGGAAAAACACCGACUUCGUUUACAUCGUCUGUUCCUCAAAAGUCUCCCACUUCUCCUACACUCUCAGCUUCCGGAGAAGCACCUACGUCGUCGGCAUCAUCAUCAGACGUAGAAACGGGACAAGCGGAACCAUCAAUACAAACAAUACCCCUUGCGCAAGAAAGUAGGACUGAUAACAGUGUAUCGAAUUUGACAUCGUUGUUUUCAUCUGGAAAGGUAGUGCCACUAAGCGCUUUAGAAUUGUCGGCAACAUCAGAAUCACAUGGUGCAACGAUUUCCCGCGCAAAUACUACCCACGCAUGUGCACAUAGCGAGUGCAUUAAGUCACAAGACAAUGAAGAGUCAAGGAAGCCAUUUCUAAUGCCAACAUUCUAUAGCGCAGUACCCGAACACGAUCCAUUUCACAACUGGAUGACAACUAUUUAUAAGUAUAUGUUCAAAACGGAAGAAAUAUGCAAUCAACCACCGAUGACGGACCUGAACUCGAUCACGGAAGAUCAACUGUACGGAUUUCUUGCCACAUUGGCUACUGUUCAUCCAGCUCUCCAUGACACACCGCAAGCUCGUUGGUUGUGUUCGCAGAUUCCCGACACGCCAACGUUGGCUGAUCAAUUCUUGAACGUUCAUCAGACAAAACGCUAUAAAUCGCGAAAACCUUAUCAUGAUAAAUACCUCAACGAGGAGACCUCAUGGCAUGAUGAGUUGUAA